AGUUUACGCGUAUUGUGGUCAGUUGUGGCCGUGAAUUAAUUAGUUAUAAACUUAUUAGUUACGCUUUAUUGCGUCUCCAAUAUUAUAUUUAAGCUUUAAUAAAUCAUUAAAGUAUUUGCCUUUAGAACUUUUUAUAAGUUUUACGGUUCUAUUCCACUCGAAAACUGAGUGUGCACGUGACUUAUAAACUUCGUAUUUUUAAGUGUUGUAAAUUGAUUUAGGGCUUCGCUAUGACUGAGAAUAACGUACUGGUGAUCGGUAGCGGGGGUCGGGAGCAUGCUCUGUGUUGGAAACUAGCGGAUUCCCCGUUCGUGAAGCAAAUCUACUGCGCGCCGGGCAGUGUCGGCAUUUCACAAAUCAAGAAAGUUGAAAGCGUCGAAUUGAACAUCAAAGAUUAUCCGGCCCUCGCGAAAUGGUGCAAGGAACACACCAUCGACUUAGUCAUAGUGGGUCCAGAAGAUCCUCUGGCCGACGGCAUCGUGGACGGGCUCACCGCUCACGGCAUCGCCUGCUUCGGGCCCACCAAAGAUGGCGCCCAGAUAGAAGCCGACAAGGACUAUGCCAAGAAGUUCAUGACCAAAUACCAGCUGCCUACAGCGAGGUACCAGUCGUUCACUGACGCUGCCGCCGCUAAAGAGUUCAUUAACAACGCACCAUACCCUGCUCUGGUUGUGAAGGCGGCAGGCCUAGCCGCUGGCAAGGGCGUGGUAGUCGCAACCAGCAAGGAGGAGGCCUGCCAGGCUGUUGAUGAGAUGCUGACAGACUCCAAGUUUGGAGCAGCCGGGGAGACCAUCGUCGUUGAAGAGGUCUUGGAAGGGGAUGAGGUUUCCGUGCUAGCCUUCACAGACGGCGAGACAGUCUCAAUGAUGCCACCAGCUCAAGACCACAAGCGUAUCGGCGACGGCGACACGGGCCCCAACACUGGCGGCAUGGGCGCCUACUGCCCGUGCCCACUGAUCACGCCUGAUCAGCUGGCCGACGUCAAGGACCAGGUCCUCCAACGGGCUGUUGAUGGGUUGAAGGCUGAGGGGAUCAAAUAUGUUGGUGUACUAUACGCCGGUCUCAUGGUGACCAAGUCAGGUCCGAUGGUGCUGGAGUUCAACUGCCGGUUCGGGGACCCAGAAACCCAGGUCUUAAUGACCCUCCUCGAGUCCGACCUCUAUACUAUUAUGAAGGCGUGUGUCGACGGCACAUUGAAGCAGCAUCAAGUGCAGUGGAACACCAAGUUGUCUGCUGUAGGCGUCGUCAUCGCUUCCAAGGGAUACCCUGAGACUUCCACCAAGGGCUGCGUUAUUAGCGGCCUGUCCCAGGUGCAAUCCAAUCCGGGCAUCGUGGUGUUCCACAGCGGGGUGUCGCGCGGCGCCAACGGGUCGCUGGUGACGUGGGGCGGGCGCGUGCUGCUGGUGUGCGCCCGCGCCAACUCGCUGCGCGCCGCGGCCGCCGCCGCCACCGCAGCCGCCUCCGCCAUCGACUUCCCCGGCGCGCAGUACAGGAAGGACAUCGCGCAUAGGGCGUUCUCUAAACUCAACGGCCUCUCAUACCUCCAAAGCGGUGUGGACAUCGACGCAGCUGCCACACUUGUCAGAGAAAUAGAGCCGCUGGCAACGGCUACUCACAGACGUGGAGUACUGGGGAGACUGGGCUGCUUCAGUGGUCUCUUCCAACUGUCUGCUAUGGAUCCCAGUCUGAAGGAUCCCGUGUUGGUUCAGGGUACAGAUGGUGUUGGGACUAAGUUGAAGAUAGCAGAAAUAAUGAAGAAAUAUGACACGAUUGGCCAAGACCUUGUAGCGAUGUGCGUGAACGACAUCCUGUGCGCUGGUGCCGAGCCGUUCGCGUUCCUCGACUACAUGGCGUGUGGGCGGCUGCAGGUGGAUGUGGCUACAACCAUCGUCAAGGGGAUCGCUGAUGCUUGCAUCGCUUCUGGGUGCGCUUUAUUGGGCGGGGAAACAGCAGAAAUGCCGUCAAUGUACGACGUAGGCAAAUACGACCUAGCGGGUUUCUCGGUGGGCGUGGUGGACAACUUGAAGCAGCUGCCUCGCAGCAAGGAGAUCCGGGCAGGGGACGUUGUGUUAGCGCUGCCGUCUACCGGCGUGCACAGCAACGGAUACAGCUUGGUGCAGAAGAUCAUGCUGCAGAGCGGACAUAACUUCCACGAAAAGGCCCCAUUUAGUGACUCUAACAAAUCCUUUGGCGAAGAAUUCCUCACUCCUACGGGUCUCUACGUGCAGCCUCUGUUAGCUGCUAUCAAGAAAGGCUCCAUCAAAGCGCUAGCCCACAUCACUGGAGGUGGUCUUCUGGAGAACAUCCCGAGGAUCCUGCCUCCUGGAAUCAGGGUUAAGUUGGAUGCUUUGAAGUUCAAUAUCAAGCCGAUCUUUGGAUGGUUGCAAGCUAAGGGCAUGGUAUCCGACUUCGAAAUGCUCCGUACGUUCAACUGCGGUGUGGGUAUGGUACUCAUCGUAGAUCCAGUGUUAGUUAAAGAAGUGCUGGAGUUGGUUGAAGGACCCGUAGCGAUCGUCGGCGCUGUCGAGACCAUGGGCAAAGAAGGCGGUCAUCAAGUGGUAGUAGACAACUUCAAGGAGGCGAUGUCUCCUCUUACCUCUCCGUACAUGACGCAAGGUCAGGAGGUGCCUCAGAAGUCCCUCUCGUACAAAGACAGCGGUGUAGACAUCGAGGCGGGAGACUCGCUUGUCUCGCUCAUCAAGCCUUUGGCCAGGUCGACAUCCCGUUCAGGUGUUCUGGGAGGCCUCGGAGGUUUUGGUGGCUGCUUCCAACUGAAAGCCGUUGAACAGGAAUAUAAGGACCCAGUCCUAGUGCUAGCCACAGAUGGUGUAGGCACUAAACUCCGUAUCGCCCAGAAGACGAACCAACACAGCACCAUCGGCAUAGACCUGGUAGCCAUGUGUGUCAAUGAUAUACUGUGCAAUGGCGCCGCGCCACUGUCCUUCCUCGACUACUUCGCUUGUGGCGCACUAGACGUCAAUGUAGCCAGGAAUGUGGUUUCCGGUGUUGCUGAGGGGUGUAGGCAGGCUUCUGCUGCUCUUAUUGGUGGCGAAACAGCGGAAAUGCCGGGAAUGUACGAGGCAGGCAUCUACGAUAUCGCAGGUUUCGCUCUCGGCGUCGUCGAGCGAUCGCACAUCCUGCCCAAGAUCACUGAUAUUGCUAUUGGGGAUACCAUCAUCGGUCUACCCUCCAACGGCGUUCACAGCAACGGCUUCAGUCUUAUUCACAAGCUAGUCAAGAAGGCGGGACUGACGCUGCAAGACAAGGCACCUUUCAGUAAAGAGGGACUUACCCUGGGGGAAGAGCUGAUCAAGCCGACCCGUAUCUACGUGCGGAGUUUGCUGCCGGCGCUGCAGCGCGGCGUGGUGAAGGCGGUGGCGCACGUGACGGGCGGCGGGCUGCUGGAGAACAUCCCGCGCGUCAUCCCUGACCACGUGCGCGCACGGCUCAACGCGCACUGGUGGAACGUGCACCCCGUGUUUGCAUGGAUCGCGGACGUGGGUAAUGUUGAAGAUGACGAGAUGCUGCGCACCUUCAACUGCGGCAUCGGUAUGGUGCUCAUCGUAUCGCCGGAGAACCAGGCCGAGGUGAUGAACAUCACCCGCGCCCACGGCGCCAUGGUGAUCGGCAGCGUGCAGGCCCGCGGGCCGGGCGGCGCGCGCGUCGUGGUGGACAACUUCGCCGCCGCCCUCGACUUCACGCGCCGCAUGCCCAUGAUGCCCCGGAAGAAGGUGGCAGUCCUGGUGUCAGGUAACGGCUCGAACCUACAAGCGUUGAUCGAUACGACCCGCGACGCCACGCAAUGCAUGUGCGCCGAUAUUGCGCUUGUCAUCAGCAACAAAUCGGAUGCCUUCGCGCUGCACCGCGCUCGGGAAGCUAAUAUACCCUCAUUAGUAUUCAACCACAAGGAGUACAGUUCUCGCGAAGAGUUCGACCGCGCCGUCUCGGCCGCGUUAGAAGCCCACAAGAUCGACAUCGUGUGUCUCGCCGGGUAUAUGAGGAUCCUAUCAGCUGAGUUCGUCAAGAAAUGGAAGGGCCGCAUCAUCAACAUCCACCCGUCCCUUCUGCCGCGGCACCCCGGGCUGAACGCGCAAAAGCAGUGCCUUGACGCUGGUGACAAGGAGAGUGGAUGUACCGUGCAUUUUGUUGACGAGGGCAUGGACACCGGGCCGAUCAUCCUCCAGGAACGCGUGCCGGUACUCAAGGGCGAUACAGUGGACACCCUCACCGCGCGCAUCCAUACGGCCGAGCACCGCGCCUACCCGCGCGCGCUGCGCCUGCUAGCCAGCGGACGUGUAAGACUCAACGCCAGCAAGGUCGUAUGCUCUGGCACUGUCUAGCCCCACACCAAGCUAUAAAAACCAGGGUUGCCAUUGCUAAAAUUCGAAAAUCUAUUAAAAAGUCGUUUUGAAACGACCUAAUUUUACAAUAUGGAUUUAGGAUUGAAAUAAAAUAUUUCAUUUCAUUUAUGAAUCAGGCUCGAGAUUGUCAUUUAAAUUUUCCACUUAGCCAAAACUUAUAAAAAAUGUAAAGACGAAAUAAGUCCUGAGGGAUGGUAACCCUGACCCUGUAUUAAUGACUACGAAGAUAUUCGAUAAUAAUUCUCAAGAUGGUCGUGACUUAGAUAAGUUCAAUUCCAAUAUUUUCAAUAUACAUACAUAGACAUACAAAAUGUGCCAACGGGCCUAGCAUGCUAUGUAAGCGCGACGCGACGCGAGAUAAAAUAAUAUCCUUGGUACACGCGACUACCGGGAUAUCUGCGAUUUUUUCAAGAUGACGCAAUCCAAAGGAAAUAUCUCACUAUUGUAUAAGAAAAAACAGAUCCCUAUUUUCAUAAGAAAUGUGAAUUUUGUAGCUUUUAACAUCAUUUGUGUGGAGUUGUGUGACACACUUUCCAUUUUCUAUAGUGAACGAGGAACCUUAACUCGUCUGUCAAACUCCCUAUUAAAUUACUAAAGUCAAGGCUGUAUGGUCCUCAGAUCUUUGCCUGCUGUAUAUAAGGCGAAUUUAAACAACAACAACAACAACAAUAACAACUCGCGCUUGACACUCGCUUUGCUCGCGCAAUCAGCGUGCUAGGCCUGCGGGACUUUUUGUCAACCUACUAUAGUAGGUACUUAUGAUAUCAGUGUUUUUUUCUAAACCUGUAUUAGUUAAUUAAACGUAUAAUAUCGAAUACUAAGUCAAUUACAGAUUUAAAGUCCAUUCCAAUAAUAGUUCCUAAUGUAAACAAAGACUACCCGCAUUAUUUCUUUUUUGGACAUAAGGUUCGUUUUCGUCCAUAUUAACUUUCGUCUUCGUGACGAAGAGUGGGUGUAAUAUAUCCUCAUAUGUGCCUACCCCUUAAGGAUACAGGUGUGAUGCUAUGUUGUUGUAGCCUUCGUAUAAAUAAAUUAAACUGAAUUUUGACACGUCCCUUACAAAAGCUGUGACUUCGAUUUACUUCAACCACUGAAUUUGACUUUAUGAGUGUCAUGUUAGCAUCAUAGAUAAAACCCAUUUUAAUUUAGCGCCAAAGUAAAACGCCGUGCGUAAGAAUUAACGUACAACAUUCCAGAAACAUUGUGCCUUUAAAUGUGCCAUUUAUACAUUUCCAUCUCGAAUGUAACCAAGAUCUUAAGUUGUAUAUUUUAAGAUAGAAUAAAUUUUAUAAAUAAUGUAUAAGUAAGUUGUUUAGAGCGUUUACAAAUAAACUUUAUAUUUUGUUAUAUAAAAUCAAUUACAUAGACUAUGUUUGAAAUAAAAGUGUUUGAUAUAUA